CAUUAUCUCUAAAUUACAACACCAGACUUGGUUGUUCUUUCGGUUGAAGCGCACCUUACCGAAAUGGUUAGCAGCGGCAACACUUUAAAAGGCUUGAGCAAACUCUGCCUUCGACUCUCCUCCGAUAGCCAUUUGCUCCUCCAUGGCAAAAGCUUCACGGAUGCUUCUCUUACGAACCUAAGGUGGAGAUUUUACUCUUUGUCUUCCCCUCAUAAACUCCCAAGUUUCAAAGGAUCUCCUCCUUCGCGUUCAUUUUCAAGCUCGUCAUCGUCGUCAGAGGUUGGGUUUUUGGGAUGGUAUUUAGGGAAGCUCGGAUCUAAUCCGCUUAUUACAAAAGCGAUCACAACUUCGAUUAUCUUUGCUGCUGCUGAUUUUACUUCCCAGAUGAUCACAUCAGCAUCUUCUGGAUAUGACUUGGUAAGGACAUUAAGGAUGGCUGGAUAUGGGUCGCUUCUCUUGGGGCCAUCACAGCAUCUUUGGUUUAACUUACUGUCUAAAGCUUUACCUAAAAGGGAUAUGCUGACAACCUUCAAGAAAAUGUUUAUGGGGCAGGCUAUCUUUGGACCUGUGAGCACGACUGUUUUCUUCUCCUACAAUGCGGCUCUACAAGGUGAAAGUGGUGAAGAGAUUGUGGCUAGAUUGAAGCGUGACCUCCUCCCGACAUUGAUAAAUGGUGCUAUGUUCUGGCCAAUCUGUGAUUUUGUUACAUACAAGUUCGUACCUGUCCAUCUCCAGCCUUUAAUGAACAGUUCAUGUGCCUACAUGUGGACAAUUUAUUUGACAUACAUGGCAAGCUUAAAAAAAGCGAGCAUUGACUAAUGAGGCUUUUGAGUUUGAAUCUUGAGGUAUUUAUUCUCAGAGUUGUUCAAGUUAACUGCAUUAACACGUAAUUGAGAUACACUAGUGAAAAGCAACCUUUAGGAUUGAAUAUUUGCUAUAAUGCAGGUAACCAUGCCUCAAGUUGUUUAGAGUUAGAUUUUUUAAGUCAGCUUUGUAGCUGUUUUAAGCAUUCUGAUACGUGAUUCUUGGUAUUCUUUUAUUGAGCUAUUUCACGAUGAUUUUUUUUUUAAUUACUUAUUAUUGUAUUCUAUUACAAAGGAACUUAUCAUUUGGUAAUUUGAUUUCUGAUAUUGCCUCUUCAUAUACUGAGUCUAAAAUCUAAAUAGAUGGAACAUGGAUAUGAUUUAGGUUGAUUGCCUCCGUCGGUUGGUUAGUCCAAUGGUACCUGGCUUUUUUCGUCUGUAUGUGACUAGUUUUGAUGGGUUGGAGGAACGGAUUGUAAACGUUGAAUCGUAAUUGACGAAGUAAACAGGACUCAAUAAACCAACGAAACUAUGGUAAACAUA